AUUCCUCGAUCUAAAGAGAUCGAAACAAAAUAUCGACUUCGAAAUGUAAAAUUUUUACUGGAAAUGUUUUAACCAAGGAUUGCCUCCCUUGUUAGAAAUAGUUCUGUUCUUUUUGUUUUUGUUUCUUUAGCAAUCUGAAAAUCGUUUGGAGAGGAAAAUGGAACGAAGCUAGUGUUUAAAUUUAUUUAUUCUUCUUUCUCAUACAGUCACUGUGUUUUCUGCAAUAAGGAAAUGUUACCUUAACAGCAGCUAGUCAAUUGCUUCAGUUUUGAUUUUGGGUAUCAUUUUAUACAUGGAACGUGUUUUGAUCUAUCACCGCUUCUAAUAAUGGCGAGGUGAGAGCUGCUUGUUGAUGUUGUUUUAGAAGAGAUUAAACUCGAUGCCGAGAUAGAGAAAUUAUAUUCAAUACUGGAGAAAAUACGGACUCUCCUUUUUCGGAAGUCGAUCGUUUUACAUUGCAGCACGUAUCUUAAUCACCAAAUUGAGGCACCGAGGCUGCGAUCAACCCGAAAACACACGCUUUCUUGAUAUAUAUUUAUAUUUUUUAUUACUCUAAUGAAAAACUGGUGUGGCUGAAAAAGCUCGCUGCUUUACAACGGGUUUUCUCCUCCUGCUGUUACUACGACGAGGGAGGGUAGCCGUUACCGAAACCCUCAUUUUCUGCUUUCCCUGACUAUUCUGACCGUCCCUCUAGAUUCUGCUGUCGUCCCAAACCAACAAACAUGGUUCCCCUCGAAGGGAACCAUUUUAAAAGGGAUUAUCCCACUCGAUGUGCGACUUAAAAACAUCUUACGUAUGGCUGGCAUUUAGCCAACUUCCCUUCCGAUGCUGCUUUGGUGAAAGAAUCUUCUCGAAAAAGCAUCGUUUCUCUGGCCAAAGUCGUCUGCAGCAUCCAGGACAGAAGCGAAUUUCUAUUUUAAGCUGUUAUAAGUCGUUGAUUGUGGUUUUAUUCUUUGGCGCUGCAGAUCCACUGAAAGAACUGGUGUAUCUCUCACAGAAUCAAUGACUUUAGACAAUCUAAUGGUCGUUGAAUCUGAAGCAAAGAAUCAAACUGGAACAGAUAGCUCCAGGAAUGUCACAUUUGAAUCCAGUAACUCGGCAAGUGACGCGUGUCUACAGGACAACACCUCCAAGAGCUCGUGUGAAAACAAUGCUUCUAUAUGCAAAUUGGAAGCUUCUGGUUCUGAAAGUCUUUCCCCUUUAGAAUUAGGUGAAGGCCAUUCAUUAGCUGCUGAUUCUCUUUCAGAGAACUUCAAACAUGAUGUCAGAAUCUACGAAACUGCUCAAAAUGCCAUCAUUGAAUUGUUACAGAAGACCAAGAAAGCCGACGAAGAAGACGGCAAUUUUGAGAAUGUGACAAAUGAAACGAGAGUUGCCACUGAUAGCAUUCAGGGGUUGAGUGAUUUUGAUGAAAUUGAGGACGAAGAGGAAGAGGAUGAUGCAAGCAGCGAAUUAGAAACAACACAGAGAACUCUUGCCGGACUUGUGGAACUGUCGGGCAACCUUUAUGAAAUUUCAAACUUUCCUCAAAAUCCUUCGAAAGAAGAUUUCAACGAAACCAACUGUAUUGAAAAUAAUGUUUCAGGAGAAAUCGGUACAGUUGAAGGAGGCCACGCCUAUAUAACAACAGACUCUGUAGGAAAUUUGGAGAUUUAUGGGGGGAAAUCUGUUGUCGAUGCAGAGAUUCUAACAAACAGUAUUGUUGAUUGUGAAAGUUCUACCAAUGAAAGAAGUCAGGGAGAGGAGAAUUAUGUCGAUUCUAUGAGUGAAAAUGAUGCCACUGUAAAUAUAAUUGCAACAUUAGAUACCGAAGAGUCCAAUGAAAUACACACUCGUAUGAAGCAGAUAUUGGAUGGUUCCGGAACGAGUGAGCCCACAAAUAUAGACAACUGUGAGAAAGGCCUCUGUGAUUCUACUGUUGCUGCUGCUGGUUUUGAGAACAAAAUUUGUGAUUCUGGAGGCUUAGAGAAUUCUUCAGGUGGAGAAAGCCUAUCCGAGAGUGUUGGCAUCAGUGCGAGAGAAAGCAACGCACCGCGCGGAGAACAACACAACGACAUUUGUAGUCGAGUAAAUUCAAAAGGCAAUAUUUGUGAAAGUGUCCUUCCAAUGGACAAUAUUUGCGGUGCUGAUGUUGCUAUGAACGAUUUGUGUGAGGCAGACCUUCCUAUGUCAGAUAUGUGUGAACCAGAAAUCCCUAUCAGUGACGUGUGUGCUGCAGAGAUACCAAUGGCUGAUGUGUCUGAUAUUGCAAUGCAAGAUAUCUGCGAAUCUGAUAUUCAGAUGAAUGCCAUAUGUGAUAGCGAUAUCUCUAUGAAUAACAUUUGCGCCUCUGAUAUCCAGAUUGGCACAGUGUGUGGGCCAGAAAUUACCAUGAGCAAUAUCUGUGGCACCGAUAUUGGGAUGAAUAAUGUAUGUGUGGCUGAUAUUUCAAUGAGCAAUAUCUGUGUAGCCAACAGUCCUGGCAAUAAUAUCUGCGUAUCGGAUAGUCCUGGGACCCAUAUCAACUUCGCUGGAACCAGUAUUUGUACAUCGGACAGUCCCGGUAAUAUAUGUGUCACCGAUAGUUUAACCAAUAAUAUCUGCACCCAGGAAGUUCUUGCUAAUAACAUCUGCGCAACAGAUGCUUUGGGAAAUACAAUUUGCACAGCAAUUACACUUGAAAACAACAUCUGUGCCACUGACAUAUCGAACCUCUGUGUAGCAAGUGUGGCAAAGAACGUCAACCAAGAAGCAUUGACUAACUCUGACGGCAGCGUCGCCAGCAUUUGCCAGACGGAUAAUCAGAGUAGUUUGGUUGAUGUAAGUAUGAUCAAAACAGAACCAGCCAGCAGCAAUACGUAUGGGGUUUGUCUGACUCAGAACCAAACAAACGACCAGGCUGCCGAAACAACGGCACCGGAUGCUACUAAAAAGAAAAGACCAAGUCGACCAAAGUCAUCGGUACCCGAGACUUGUACUGUUUGUAACCGAGUGUUUACAAAUUCAACUAGUUUGAAAAAACACAUGAAAACCCAUUCGGGUGAGAAACCGUUUGAAUGUGAUGUUUGUAAAAAAUGUUUCCAGGAACCAAGCAACUUGAAGCGACACAAGAUUAUCCACUCAGGUGAGAGGCCGUUUAAAUGUAAAGUUUGUGAGAAAGCAUUUUCACAGUCAUAUACGCUGACCAGACACAUGCGCACUCACAAACCCAAAACAGAAUCUGUUGAGACGGUCAACGCUACAAGCGGAGCAGUUGUCACGACCAGCGACAGCACUGUCGCGAUCAGUGAAAAUGGAUCCGAAGACCUGAAACCAUUGACUACCAGCAGUUGUGUUACUGCUCUGCCAGCUAUUAGUUCGUGUGUUACUGCUUUACCUGCGAUCAGUACCUGUAUGACGGCCCUACCAUCAAUUAGUACAUGUAUUGCAGCUCUGCCAACCAUUAGUACAUGCAUGACUGCUCUACCGACUAUAGGUACAGUACUACCAACCAUCGGCACAUGCGCUACAGUGCUACCCACCAUCAGCACCUCAGGCACCACUGUCUUACCUAUGAACAACAACACCAUACUUCAGGGCAACAAUGCUUGCCUGGCAGUUAUUACAAACAAUGGAGAGACUGUGUCUUCAGUUGGCAAUAUUUGUACAGCUGGACUUGUUAACACUAUAUUGGCUGCUGCAAGCUCAUCUGACAACCUCGGCAAUGGUUUGUGCGCUGCCGAGGGCCCCACAGUUGAAAUAGAGAGCAGUAUGUGUUCUCCUACUGAACUUGCAGUUGCCGUAUGUGGCACCGAUGUCUCCAAGAACAGUGGAGGCGAAUCAGCAGUAUCUUCCAAGGAAUCGGAAACUUUUGAUUUGGAUACUCUCAGGGAAAAUGUUGAAUCUGCUUCAGUAGAAGCUGUUGUUGAUGUGAAUCAGGUGUCUGAGGAUGGGCUGAUGGAGGAGAACAAGAUGGUGGUGUGUAAAGUGGAACCAAUAGAUAUUCAGAACGAAAUAUUCGAGACGGCAGAAACGAUCAAAACCGAAGGUGGUGUGAACAGUAACAGCAAUGGCAGCAGUGCGAAUGGACAGAAGAAGAAGAAGAAAGCGAAUCGCUCCAAGUCAGUGGUUUCAGAAGCUUGCGCUAUUUGUAGCCGGGUGUUUACUAACCUGACAACUCUAAAGAAACACCUGAAAACUCACACUGGGGAGAGGCCAUUUGAGUGUGAAGUGUGUCACAAGUGUUUCCAGGAGCCGAGUCAUUUGACAAGGCAUAAAAGAAUUCAUUCUGGAGAAAAACCAUUUAAGUGCAAAGUCUGUGAGAAGGCCUUCUCCCAGUCGUACACGCUGACCCGGCACAUGCGAACACAUUCCGGCGAACGCCCGUUCAAGUGUGAUGUCUGCAGCAAGGCCUUCUCCCAGUCCUACACACUUACUGUACACAGGCGGACACACUCCACCGACCGACCUUAUGAGUGUGAGAUAUGUCACUCCAAGUUCUUUGAGGCGUCCCAUCUCACUCGCCAUUUCCGGACACACAUAGGAGAACAGCACUUCACCUGUGAACUUUGUCAUAAACACUUCUAAAGGAAGGAAGGUGUCUUGGCCUUCACUUCACGCUGGAAAACAUAGAAUUCAAAAAAAUAUAUAAAAUAAAAAACCAACAACAAACAAAGGCAGAUAUGACAGUACAGGGUCAUGAUUUUAUAUAUUUGGGGGCAAAGAAGAAAACAAAACAAAACAAACAAACAAACAUGAAAACCCCUUUGUUGUUCCCUUUUUCUUGUGUGUGUGAAGUUGUGGGGGGCGGAGAAAAACUAUAGGGGAAAAUGGUGUCUUUUUAUUUUUUCAUGUCAUCUCCCAUUGUUUUAUUGGUCAAAUGAAAUUCUUAUAUACAUACAUGCAUACACAUUGAAACACACACACACACGCUGUGUAAUUAUAUAUAAAUGCGUGUCCGUUGUGGUUGUGUGUGUGUGUAUACCUAUAGGAAUAUAUGUAUACAUACAUCCAUAUGUGUGUGUGCACAUACACACACUCUUUUCUCUCUCUGGUCAGAUAUGUUGUUUUACUCUGUUGUAGAUUAUUAAUUCUGCUACUAAUGCUAUAGUUAUUAUUAUCAUCAUCAUCAACAUCAUUACAUCAGCAGAAUGUUGUGUAUUUUAAUAUGUGCAUAGAAUAUUUAUAUACGUGUGUGUAUGACAAGAUUCAGUUGAAUGAAGUACUUAAAGGUGAGGCACCUAGUUAGGUUAGAAGAGGACCAGUCGUACGAUCACUAAAUAUCUGCCAUGGAUUCAUCUGAAGAAAACGUUUUUUUAUAAUGCAUUAGAAAUGGCUGUAAUGAAUUGUUACUUACAUGGAUGUAUAUAUUUGUGUGUGUGCGUGUCUGUAUACAUACAGACACGCAUAUAUACACCAUACAUGUACGUGACCCCUAAGUAAGGUUUUUUUUUUUUUAAAAAGGGAGAGAUAGAGAAUCUAUGUUGAUAAUAAAUGUAGAAUAGUUUGAAGGUUUGUGAAGUGAAACUUUAAUCAUGCAUUAUAUUAUCAUAGUUUUAGCAGGACAUCGUAGGGUUAGUGUAAGAGGCCAGAUUUUGACAGUUUCAACAUAGGGAGAAUAUUUGGGCAGAAUAUGGCCAGUUUAAAUGCUAAAAUGUGAACAUGAAUUUAGCCAUUAAAUUUCUCUUUUUUUUCUUUCUCUCUACUACAUUUAUGGCAGAAAUAUUACUUUUCUUCUUCUUGUUGAGAUUUACAGAGUCCAUCUGUUGUGUUGUAUGUUCCUGGGCAAGAGAGAAAAAUAGCUGCACUUGGCCUCUGUUUCCCUGGCUCAGACACAACAUCUGCUCCAACUUCAGUCUUGUGACUAACAAGAAUCAAACCAGCAGAGAUGAAUUCAUUUUGUAAAGGAGAAAUAAAUAUGGACAGAAUAGGUGUGUAGUAAUUCUAUUGUUAGAAAUUCCCAUCGCUGUAGUGCAGGGCCUCAAAGUCGUGGUUCCUGUGUAGAUUAGUUUUUGAGAAGCUGCUUAGAAGGACUUGAUCCUGGUUGUCCAGUUUGGUUUUAAAUAUUAAAUAGCUGAGAAAAAGGGUUUGUGGAAACUAGAGGUAAUUGACGUCGGUGAAAAUAAAGUCGCUAUAUUUGAAAAAGUUUGUUUGCCAUGAGAUAUCAUUCCUAACGUUUUAAACAGUCUUCUUUGGAGAAGAAAAUUUAAAUUAGGUAGGAAUGCACUGAAAUAUGUAUUUCCACAACUGAAUCUCCAAGCGUUACAUUCGCAUUUCAUCAUGGUAUUCAAGGUUAUUCAAAAUGUUUCAACCUUGUUUUAAUCUUAUAUUUAUAUCUGUCAAUAUAUGCAUAAUGUAAAAGUUAAGCUAAAAUACUGAGGCUUCGUUUUGUGAGAGAAGUUUCCAUUUUAUCUUCGUUAAAAUAGUUUUCACUAAAUGUUGAAUUACCUCCCUUAUGCCCAACAACCACACCAUGUUGGCCGCUCUAUGGAAGCCCCUACAUGCUAUAAGGAGAUACUCAGAGUUUUCGAACUGAGAAGGGGGAAAAAAUGAGUUUGUAUUCAUCCUGGGAAAAUCUCUUGGACGUUUAUGCAGUUUAUUAUGCAAAAUACAAAACCAAAAGUUUCCCAAAUUACACACGCAAACCUACACACACGUUUGUGUGCGUGUAUCUCUGUGUAUACUUGUAUAUGUAUUUAUGUAUGUAUAUAGUUGACAUUUAAUGUAAAUAAUAUUAACACACGCAUGUAAACAAACUUUAAAAGGGUUGCAAAUGGAUUCGUGUUGUGGGUUUUUGAAACUGUGUGUGUGUUGUUAUAUAUACCCAUUGAAAAUAAUCAUUUCUCUUUGUCUAUCCCGCCUUUCUCCCUCCCUCUCUCUCUCACACACAUACUGUUUCCUUUCAAAAACGUUAAGGUCCCCUGUAUUGUCUGACCAAAUUUCUUGUUACCUCUCUUUCUCUCUCAGCCUAUCUCUCCCUGUAUAUAUAUGUGUGUGUGU